ACCUACUAGCAUCCGCUCCACUACACUCCCCUGGAAUCAUGUCGUCCGCACGUGGUGUACGUUCGACUGAGCAGGCGCUGCGCCUUGCAUCGUCACUCUCAAGGCAGUCUUACGUCUGCAAGGCUUGCCGUGCUCAAGCAAUCCGUGCAUUCUCCACGACACACGCGCAAUCUGCUGAAGGUGUCUCCUUCUUCAAGCGAAUGCAGGACACGCUCUUCGGCACUAAAGCCUCCCGUGAUAGAAGGGAAGCGCAAGAAAAGAAGGAGAGGGGACGUGAGGUGGAGGGUGCAUCUCCUACAAUCUAUGAUGACGAGCAACGGACCAAGGUCGGUCCGGAUGGUCAGACGUAUGAGGUUGCUGCAGUGGUAGAAGCAGCUCGUGAACGGCAGUAUGUGCAGGCGACUUCGUUAGAUGGACUGGAGACGGUGGGAAGCGAGCAAUGGGUCAGGGCUAGAGCGGACAAGGGGGAGCAGUAUGUUGGGUUUGUGCCGAAGAAGCGCAUAGAGCUCGGCAGUAGCCAAUGGAUGAUGCUGCUUCAUCACAUCACGGUCGAACUGUUAGUGCUGCAGAAGGCUGGGAGACCGGUUGGCCAAGUCUGCUACCCUCGUCAAGGCUUAGAAGACCCAAACUCCUACAGCUGGUUAUACACGAGGAGUGGUACAAUCGAGACCGGCAGCAAGAGCGAUGGCAUCAAAGUCAUAUUUGCGGAUCCACUUGCCGAAGAGCGACUACUCCUUGCAAUCCCGAAGUCGUUGUCUGAGUCGCAGCUGCAGGAUGAAAGGGCAUUGAUGAGUGAACUGGAAGGUGCCGUAGCCGAGAGCGCGUCGUCUGCGGGGAACGGAGCGCUUGACGCGACUCGCAAUGUUUCACCUGCUCGAGGAUGGAUGGAGGCGCCACUGAAGGAUGCCAAUAUCAAGAUGGCGCUCUACAAACGCAUCCUCCAGCUGACCGGUAAACGCAUCCCGGACCCGGUGAUCAGCACCUCCACCACGAUCGCUGACCUCUACAACCAUCUUCGCACCAAAGACAAGCCAGCCAAGCUCUUUCAGUCACCGCAAAUUCAGCGCCUGAAGGUGAUAGCUCCCAAUGUAGCUGUCUACUCUAACCGGCGCACACCCAUUCACAAGGAGAAGGAGCUUGGCAGAUGGAAAGUCAUUGAAGAGGAGCUUGUGCGACGCGACCUGCCAGUUAAGGGCAGCAGGUGGGUGGGUGCCAAGGCGAAGGCUCGAUAAUGGCGUCUCUGCUAAGGUGCGUUUGUAUUGUGCUUGGGCAGUUGUAAUGACUAGAGCAGGCUGCCUUCACCAUGAUCCCCAUAUCCUCCCGGUGACUGUCGAGCAUGCUGUAAGACCACAGAACAUUCGUAAUCCACACCAUAGCUUGUUCUUCUUGCUACUAGUAUACUUCUGCUUUUCAAUUCCUGCAUCCCACUCCGUCUCACAGUCAGGCAUUAGCAGCUGCAGAAUCCCGCCAGCACAAUCUCAACCAAAUCAGCCAAUCAACCUC